CGAGUUUCAUCCGGGAGAAGAGAAACACUCGUCCGGGAAUUUAACGGACUAGAAUGGCUUCACCAUUAUGGCAGACCUACCGUUUACUUGGCAGUACAAGGAUUUCGAAGUUGAUAAUCCUUUUGCUGAUUGCUAUGCUUCUACUCUUCAGUAUGGAUAAUGGAUUAUUCAGAAAAAGACUUGUCAUGUCUUACGAGGAAAACGACCUUUCAAAAGAGAGGGAACUUGCCAAGGAAAACGGCUUUGUGGAGGGAAAUGCCUUUACAGAUGAGGAUGGACUUGCAGAUAAGAACAGUAUUGCACAGGAAAAACUUCAGAACCCGUUGGCUUGCAAUAUCCCCGCAUUACAAACUUAUUCACAGUUCAUGAGUGCCAUACAAACUCUCGAGACACACUGCAGCCACCCAAAAACGUUCGGGGGGCCGCCGCAGGGAGAACCCGGUGCUAGGAAGAUCAUUUGCCUGGACGAUAGGUUCAGGAUCGACCCCAACAACUGCACUGUGUUUUCCUUCGGGAUCAACCGGGAUUUCAGCUUCGAAGACGACAUGGGGCGCUACGGCUGCCAGGUGUUUGCAUACGACCCCACAAUGGGCGUGGAAGAUCACCAGCGUUCGGAAAAAGUGAGAUUCUUCGCUACUGGAAUUUCGAAUUAUAAUGGAACGAAAUUAGUUGGUAUGGGGAAGUCCUGGUCUAUGCAGAAGGUGGACAGGUUCGAGAACCUGGUGAAGGCCGUCGGCAUGGAAGGGAGAACCAUCGACGUCGUGAAGCUGGACGUGGAGUUGGCGGAGUUAGACUUCUUCCAGGACAUGCUGUUCAACUCUCGCCAUGUGCUCAAGAACAUCAAGCAGAUAGCCAUGGAGAUUCAUUCGAAUUUAUACAAAAACGCCGUCGGUCAGCUGUCAUCCCAUCAGGUCUUCUGGCCUUACCUCAACCUGAUGAGAUGCGCUGGAUUCAAGCUCAUCACAACGAGGUCCGGAGGGAAGUGGAGAGAGGUGGUCUGGGCGCAAGAGAAGCUGUGGUGAUUUUCCUCCGCGAAGCCGGGUGUGCGAGAGAGGCCAAGAUGCCUUGGUUCGGUGAUAAAAUUGAUUAUAUUUUAAAUUUCCUUGAAAAAGAACAUUGGAUUACGUACGGCAUGUCUCUUUCACCAUGUUUUAUGUGUGUUGGAGGUAAUUUUAGCCCUUCAUGUUUUUUGUAUAAACGAAUAGCAACUUUAUUGUUUGUUAAUUUAAUGUCAACGUAGUGUGAUGUAAAUAAAGGCUUGAAACAGAAAA